AUGGAUUCCUGCUUCUGGACGUUGAUUGGCACUUCUCCAAGCUCAAGCUGGCCUCCAAUGGUGUUGAAGAUCAAUCUAGGGCACUUGGGAACUCUUGCUCGUCACUUUCUCUCUCUAGGAAUCGUUAUAUCUCUCAAAAACUCGAAUCCCCUUGUGUUGUGGCUGAAAAUCUGCUUAAAAGCAUCAGUGGCCAAAGCACGGUCGAGGGCACGGCCGUGCUUUGCCUGA